AUGGACAAUCUCACAAAAGUGACAGAAUUCUUGCUGAUGGAGUUUUCUGGUAUCUGGGAGCUGCAGGUGCUACACGGUGGGCUGUUUCUGCUGAUUUAUCUGGCAGCCCUGGUGGGGAACCUGCUCAUCAUCACGGUUCUCACUCUUGAUCAGCAUCUUCACACACCCAUGUACUUCUUCCUGAAGAACCUCUCCGUUUUGGAUCUGUGCUACAUCUCAGUCACCGUGCCUAAAUCCAUCCAUAACUCCCUGACUCACAGAAGCUCCAUCUCUUAUCUUGGCUGUGUGGCUCAAGUCUAUUUUUUCUUUGCCUUUGCAUCUGCUGAGCUGGCCUUCCUCACUGUCAUGUCCUAUGACCGCUAUGUUGCCAUUUGCCACCCCCUCCAAUACAGAGCCGUGAUGACAUCAGGAAGGUGCUAUCAGAUGGCAGUCACCACCUGGCUAAGCUGCUUGUCCUAUGCAGCCGUCCACACUGGCAACAUGUUUUGGGAGCACCUUUCCAGAUCCAACGUGAUCCACCAGUUCUUCUGUGACAUCCCUCACGUGUUGGCCCUGGGUUCCUGUGAGGUUUUCUCUGUAGAGUUUUUGACCCUGGCCCUGAGCUCAUGCUUGGUUCUGGGAUGCUUUAUUCUCAUGGUGAUCUCCUAUUUCCAAAUCUUCUCAACGGUGCUCAGAAUCCCUUCAGGACAGAGUAGAGCAAAAGCCUUCUCCACCUGCUCCCCCCAGCUCAUUGUCAUCAUGCUCUUUCUUACCACAGGGCUCUUCGCUGCCUUAGGACCAAUUGCAAAAACUCUGUCCAUUCAGGAUUUGGUGAUUGCUCUGACAUACACAGUUUUGCCUCCCUUCCUCAAUCCCAUCAUAUAUAGUCUUAGGAAUAAGGAGAUUAAAAGAGCCAUGUGGAGACUAUUUGUGAAGAUAUAUUUUCCGCAAAAGUAGAACGUCCUGGUCUUACUAUAGAAGAUCUGCAACAAAAACCCAAAAAAGCAUAAAUACUUUAUGACCAAAAAAGAUGAAAAAACUGUUGAUGA